AGGGAAGAUUCACAACUGUUGAAGUGUCGACUGCCUUUAAAAUUCGUUUGAGAGAGAGGAUUUUCAUUCUCUUUCUCCAGGCGAGAUAACUCUUAUCUGCUACUGUUUGGAGUUUCAUCAGUCACGCUUGCUGAAAGAGGAGCAAGUUGGCUGCAGCAAAAACGCAGCAAAGAUAGAAGUUGAAAGAAAAAGGGAAGGAGAGAUUCGUGCUCUUUUCGCAAAGGAAAGUGCUUUAAAUACAUGCAGAUCUAGGGUGUUUAUUUCCUGCCCCUGAUUUCAGUCCCUCUGUUUUUCCAAGAGAUAGAGCAAUGGAUCGUCUUUCUUCGACGGCUUAUCUUCCAGAGGCUUUUCAGGGGACGAGAGAUGACGUUACAGAGCAAAUAGGCUUGAUUUGGGAACAGAUCAAAGCUCCUUUGAUUGUUCCUCUGCUUCGAAUUGCCCUUUUCCUCUGUUUGGCAAUGUCUGUAAUGCUGUUCAUAGAGAGGGUUUACAUGGGCGUCGUGAUCGUCCUCGUUAAGGUCUUUGGGCGAAAACCUGAGAAGCGUUACAGGUGGGAGCCGAUACGGGACGAUGUCGAGCUAGGAAAUGCUGCCUAUCCGAUGGUUCUCAUCCAAAUUCCUAUGUAUAAUGAAAGAGAGGUUUACCAGCUCUCUAUUGGAGCUGCAUGUGGGCUUUCAUGGCCAUCAGAUCGAAUUAUAAUCCAAGUGCUUGAUGAUUCUACAGACCCAUCUGUCAAGGAUUUGGUGGAGUUGGAAUGCCAGAGGUGGGCUAGCAAAGGUAUCAACAUAAAGUACGAGAUCCGCGACAACAGAAACGGUUACAAGGCAGGAGCUCUCAAGGAGGGAAUGAAGCACAGCUACGUCAAGCACUGCGAUUUCGUCGCCAUCUUCGACGCUGAUUUCCAGCCCGAACCAGAUUUCCUUUGGAGAACCGUCCCUUUCCUCGUUCACAAUCCAGAGAUUGCACUCGUCCAAGCUCGCUGGAAGUUCGUUAACUCGGAUGAGUGCCUGAUGACAAGGAUGCAAGAGAUGUCACUGGACUACCACUUCAAGGUGGAGCAGGAAGUUGGCUCCUCCACCUAUGCCUUCUUCGGCUUCAACGGGACUGCGGGAGUAUGGAGGAUAGCGGCAAUCAGUGAGGCUGGAGGGUGGAAGGAUCGGACCACAGUUGAGGACAUGGACUUGGCCGUCCGUGCCAGCCUCAAGGGCUGGAAAUUUGUUUACCUGGGCCACCUUAAGGUUAAAAAUGAAUUGCCAAGUACUUUCAAGGCUUACCGCUAUCAGCAGCACCGAUGGUCAUGUGGGCCCGCGAAUCUUUUCAGGAAAAUGGCAAUGGAGAUUAUAAGGAACAAGAAAGUAUCUUUGUGGAAGAAAGUUCAUGUGAUCUACAACUUCUUCUUCGUUCGGAAGAUUAUAGCACAUAUUGUCACCUUCAUUUUCUAUUGCGUGGUAAUCCCAACGACGGUUCUUGUUCCUGAAGUUGAGAUUCCCAAGUGGGGGGCAGUUUACAUCCCAUCCAUCAUUACCCUUCUCAAUGCAGUUGGAACACCAAGGUCGCUCCAUCUACUGGUAUUCUGGAUCCUUUUCGAGAAUGUUAUGUCUCUGCAUCGGGCGAAAGCGACAAUGAUUGGUCUGUUGGAGGCAGGAAGGGUAAACGAAUGGGUUGUUACAGAGAAACUAGGAGAUGCUCUCAAGACGAAGCCAAGCAUCAAAGCAGCCAAGAAACCUCGAUUCAGGAUAGGGGACAGGCUUCAUGUCCUGGAGCUCGGCAUCGGAGCCUACCUCUUCUUCUGUGCGUGCUACGAUUUCGCAUUCGGCAAGAACCAUUAUUUCAUAUACCUCUACCUCCAGGCCAUCGCAUUCUUCAUUAUGGGUUUCGGCUAUGUGGGAACCUUCGUCCCCAACUCAUAAUGCAUUGACCUGUCAUCAAAUACAAACUCACCUCGUUGGUACUCAUCUCCUUUCCAUAUUUUCUCUUCGGCACAUACAUAGAUACAUAUAAAAUGGUUCUCUUCACAGGGUUCUUUCACAUUUGGUUACUGUGCUAGUUUGUGAAAGAAAAAGACCCACCUUAUUCUUUUAUGAUGGAGACAAGUAUUCAUUACAUGCGAUGAAGGAUUCCAUUGUGAAUAAUCAGAACCAUGAAAGUAGCAAAAUGUAUAUUUUUGUUUUGUAAUGGAUUUUAUAUUAUAUCAUAUAGAAGAGAAGAAAGAAGAAGAGCUAUGCAGAAGUAGGAAUAGCAGCAGCAUUUGGGUGUUGAACUUUCUGUCCAUGGAUUGAUGUAAACAACUGUGGAUGGACUGUAAUUGUGUGAGAGGAGGGAAAUUUUUGAAGUGUGUUUUCAAUAUCUUUGUUUC